AUGGUUUCAAAUGUCAAAAGAGGUGGCGAUGAAUAUUCUCUCGCUCACAUACCAGCUACCCGCAUUCCCAAUCCCUUUGAAACCUGUGAAGCAGUACGAGAUACCAGGAUCAAAACAUUUGCAGCAUACAAAGUCGACGUGCCACGGUCUUGGACGAAUUCGGAAGGAGAUCACAUUGAGUUGGAUUUGAUGUCAGAGUUUCAGAUAUCUUGUAGAGAAACCGAGUUGGACAAAAUCGUUCUGGAGGAACACGAACAUCAGCUCUUGACCAUCGAGUGGGAUGUGAACUCAGCCACUUUUGAGGCAGAGCUCGACGCUCUUCAUUUCUUCACUGAAGAAAAACGUCUACAGAAUAGAGGCCCCACGUUGAAGUCUCAAAGAGCAUUUCGUAUGAUUCAGAACUUUCAUUCAAGUUGGAAAGACUUUUAUGAUCUCCACAAAGACUUCCCACAGUUAAGCAACCCAGAGCUGCGUAGGCAUGCAGUCCCAGACGCAAUUUUACGGCGAUUUAAAGCCUUUAACAAUGAUCAUUCGAACGCUUUCAACGGCCUGAAGCAGAUACCAAACGGACUCUACUUCGUCAACGGCUGUCCGGGGUCUGGAAAGACAGAAUGGAAUAUGAUUCUGGCAGGCCUGAUACAGUGUUCAAAAAGGAGGCACAAAAAAAGGCGAAACCCUAUCCUGUUUCUGGUGGACAUCAAUAAAGCUGUAGACGAUGCUGCUAGCAGGUACUACUCGCUUUGUCAGGAAGCCGGAGUAACGAUCCGUAUCGUCCGUAUGCACGGAUGGCCACUGGAAAUGCGACAGAGUGCUAAACUUCAUGGAUCACGGUCAACUACAAAUCAAGAUAGUUUCGCGGUCCCAGACUUUACUAAUCGAUUUCUUGUGACCGCUGGCCUCUCCAAGCAGACCAGCGUGUCAAGAGAUCCUGGCAUUGUGCCGACUUUGGACCAGGCGUCAUGGGAGUACUUUGAAAAGAACAAAAGGGACGCGUUUCUUGGCCUCCAAAAGUUGUUGGACAAGAUGGAUAGUGGCGAAGCCUUGAGUACAGAUGAUUGGAAGCAUUUGAGAAGCCAUGUCUCCAGGCUUUAUCGUGUUGUUUUGGCGGGAACAGACUUUAUCGCGACUACUCCGGUCGCGGCGUACGGAAGAUUCUCAAAGUUUUUUAAACCGGACAUCAUUUUUAUGGAUGAAGCUUCUCAUGCCAGGGAGCUCACCACACUCAUCCCUCUGGCAUAUUUUACACCCAAGGCUUGGAUAUUUACGGGCGAUGUGAAACAAACUCAGCCGUUCGUGAAGGAUGCAAAGGACAGAGAGAAGCACAGCGGACUGAGGUUUAAUCCCUUUGCUGCACAACUGAGGAUGAGUACCAUGGCUAGGGCAGACCAUGUCAAUGCUGUCAAUAGUAAGUUACUCAUUAAUAAGCGGGCAUUUGGAAACCUUCAUAGGCUGCCAUCUGCUAUGUUCUAUGAAAGCCAGAUGAGAUCCGGCUAUGACGAGGCAUCCCGAUACCCUGACGGCGUGGCCCACCUAACUAUUUACCUCCAAAAUCUGAAUGGUAACCGAGACGUCGACGAAAAUCGCAUUAUCGUGAAUUUGGAAAACAGCAAUGAAGAAAAGCAUCGCGACAGCUAUUGGAACCCCCUUCACCACCAAUGGGUUCUGGCCCAAGCCACACAUCUACUACAGGAUGACAGAUUCCGUGGCCUCAGAGACAGAGAAAUGGGCGGUACCAUCAUGAUUGCAACUCCGUACAGCACUGCAGUAAAGCAGUAUCACGCCGCAGUGAAAAGCUGGCCAGAAUCUUGGCAAAGAAGAACUCAGGUCUUAACAGUAGAUAAGGCACAGGGGAAUGAGGCUGAUGUGGUGUUUCUAGACAUGGUCAGAACAACUACUGCCGGGUUCAUGGAUGACCCCAAGCGGUUAAACGUUGCUAUCACGAGGGCACGCCAAGCUGAAGUUAUUUUGAUGCGCAGGACAAUGGCUUAUGUUCCUGGAAAAAGAUUCGGAAGAAGCAAAUAUUUGUCGCAGCUAUGGGACGACACACUUCUACAUAAACGGAUUGUAACGAUAUAG